AUGACAUCGCAACACCCUUUAUUUAUUUUAAGAUUUGGGCUCAGUUACAUGGUAUUUUCCUUAUCUUUUCUUCUCCUAACCAUUCAGGAUUAUCUCUCUCUGCGGCAAUCAUCCGGAAGGAAUUGCCAGUUUGUGGAUAAAGCAGUUACCGAAUUGCUCGCUCAACUGAAAAUAGAUGCCGCUCUAUUCUCUGGAAACUUCCUUGGAAGCAUUAUUAUUCUUGUGUCUGCGAAAUUGAAAAGGGAAAAGGCAACAUUCUACUCGGUCUGCGUUUGCCUCCUGUUGGCGACAGGGACCAAGGCGAGCUUCCAAUUCCACACGAUUCCGAAACGAAUCGUAAUCUCCAAUUCCACCAGCGACACGGCUUUCGAUACGAAUAGUUGGCUACUCCAAAUUAUAUCCAACCCUCCCGCCCUCCUGGGCACAAAUUUGGUGAUCUGGGUAAUGUGGAUGGCCAAUUUCUUCUCGUUUGUCUGCUUUUGUGGGGAGAAAAACAUUUUGUGCAUUGGCACCACCAAAACGAACACCAACGCCAAGGGGACAGUCUGCCUUGUUGCUAAAGUUCAUAAAGGGCUGCUCGCCCAAGGCAUCAUUUACGCUGGGAUGCUCUUAUUUUUUGCGGGAGAAAGCAUGAACCAACUCAUCGAUAGGAGUGAUCUGUGGAGUAAUUUGUGGGAAAAAUAUCCAAUUUACUUCACGUGUUUAGUAUCCCUGCCAACUCUGCUGGCAAUACUGGCCUGUAAUAGGAUUGCCACUUGCAUUCAAUUGUUGAAAAAGUCAUCAAAAAAAGGCAACGAUGAAAAACACCUCCACCGACUUUGAAACAUUAAUGUGUGGGCGUUCACAGCUCAAGGAGUGGUUCAAACCCAGCUGAGGAUAGAAAGUCCCCAAAUAAUGGAGUCGAGUAGGUUUGAAUCCACCGCCAAAACCUUGUUUCUCCGCCAUAUGCUCCUCAUGUUCAUCAUACAGUCCACAAUUUCUCACGUGUAUAUCCUGUACUUGAAAAAUAAUUCUUACGUGGAUGGGUUGGAGGUCUUUCCACCUUCGGUGGCUAUACGG